AUGGUAGCUGAGUUAAUCGCCACCGACAACGAUCUUUGUGCUACACCUAAUUAUCCGCCCGCUGAUUGUCAGUACGUGGAGUACCACAUUAUCUAUUCUGCCUCGACGCCGCGUCUUUUCACGAUUAACCGAAAAGGCGUCAUUCACUUUAACACGGAAACGGAUUUUGAGGUCUGGAAGGCCAUGGGAUCGGUUUCAUUCACUGUGGUGGCGAGGAACUACGGCGAGUUCCGAGGGGUUAAUGGAUCGACGCGGGUGACGGUAGAGGAUGGACGCCCAUAUGGAUUUUUUGAAGUGUCGGCAAAGGCCCACAGACCGGACUGCAGGCGGUUAGACGAUUGCACACUACAGACACAGCCACUUGUGAACAUCAAACCACCUGGACUGAUAAUGGCUAAUUCGGGAUUCGGAACGAAGUUCAAUAUCCAGCUUUGUCUUCCGGUGGGUAUAUAUAAGAGCAGCGUCUUGCGAUUUCAUGGGCCUUUUCAAGUGAAUACGCUGAUCACAAGUUGUUCAAUUCACAUAGUCGGAUUCACCUUCGCAGGCUCCGGCAUCAAAAUGGAUGUCGCUGAUCUGUCCGUCACUAGAAUCGUCGACGGCUAUACUGAGGUGGCUUUGGAUAAUCUAGUUGUGUCAGAAACAGCCACGUCUGAAAGGUGCCACCAACUUGACAUCCUGGCAGUGGUGAUUUUGCCCCAAUUGCAUUCUUCAUUGUUGCCGAUCGACAGCCACCUUGACCUCCAGUUUGCCUCAAGCACCAUACAGUCCAAGACAGCAGAAGUGCCCAUUAAAAUUGUGGAGAACGACUUACAAAGUCCCCCAGACUUUUUGCUUGAAGACAUUUCAAACAGGAGUCAAUUAAUUUCCGGCACUUCGAACACGCUAUUUUUGGCUGCACAAACCCUACAUGCCGAUGUUAUUAAUGUUACCAUGCAGAUAAGCAGCACAGUUGUUGAAAUUAAACGGAUUGCGACAACCCUUCCUAUUGGACAGAAAGUUGUGCCUCAAGGACGCGCGACAUUCACAGAUGGAAAAAGCACGACUGUCUCUCUGACCUUUGGAAUUGGCGAGAAUGUCCUAGCAGCUGUUCCAAACUCUUCACUCCAGGAAACGUCGAUUAUACUUGAAAUCGACGUCUUUGUUCCCACUACUCUUGAAGAAAACCUGCGGUUUCAGUUUCAAGUAAAAGCCUCCAGUGGUCCUAAGAGUGAUCUGGUAGAAAAAAUUUACAGAAUUCAAAAAGUUUUCGAUGUUUCAAUCAAUGCGCCGCAGCACGGAAGUCUGGCCGACACUGCAAUUCAGGUGCUGAAAAUCAGCAUUCCUCCAUCCAUUGUGAAAUCCUCGACCAUUACGUUCACAAUGACCUCGGAUGCCUUCUUUGAAGGAGUCUAUCCUGUCCGUGCCAGAAUUUCUGGUAUCGACAAGGGAAUCACAGUAAAACCAAACUGCGAACCUGUGUUGACUCGAAGAAGGAUGAGUUGGAACCUCUACCUUCAAUUUUCAUCGACUGCUCCACCUCGUGUUGCCAUUGACUUGGCAACAGUAAUUGAGGAUGGAGAAUGGCUGCGCAGUGUCGUUCUAGAGUUCAACAAUUCCAAAGUCAAGCCGACAGCUGUUGGCGUCUUGGAUUUCACUAUAGUUUCCAUUGGGCGAUUCCCAUCGAAAGGAAUUGGAAAUUUUCGUGUAGAAAUUACGCCCCUCGGAUUCACUGUCGCCGAAUACACACUGGAGUGCCAUGCUGAGGUUUCAGGUUCAAAGGAGAGGCUGCCCAGUAGACUGAAGUUCGGUGAUUGGUCUACCUUGAACUCUGCCUUUCCCAACGUCUACUCUAAUCGCGGCCGGUGUUCAGGAAACACCGUGAAUUUUGGCAAGGUGUUUAGUUCUGAUUCCAAUCAACCCGGCAAUUUGCUAGUUGCCGAGUUGGCUGUUCUUGCUGACUUUCCAAAGAGCGUUCAGGGAUCCAUAACUUGUUUGCUCACAUUGGACAAUACAAUUUCGCAAAGUGUUGCCGCUAACUUUACCACGACCUCAGACACAUCUUCACCAAAUCAAGGUCCACUGAACCCUGCAAAUUGGACUCUGCAGGUUCUUGACGUGCUCAGGCGAACACCAAUCAACAGACCGCUUCGUUCGGGGGAGGUAGCUCUAAUUGCGUUCGAGUUCACUGUACCACCAAACACAGCCGUGAGCGCAUCGCCAACCAUUCACAUUGAGAACAUUGGUGCUACCACACUUGAUUCUCCACAUGUCCUCGAGGUUGGAGAGCGUAUUCAUUGGGAUGACAACUAUCAAAAUUGCGCUGAGCCUGCUAAUGUGUUGACUGUGGGACUAAAAGUGUGCGGUGUCAUAAACUCAGGAGCAGCAAACUGGUUGAAAGGAAUUGACGGUCCUCUCCUGCUGAAAGGUCCUCUAUUGGUCACCAUGGCUUGCUACUUACGUAUCGAUUUUCCAGCAAAGCUAUCAUCUGCAAACAUGGCCGUGAACGGGACUCUGGGAAACCACACCGUGGCGACUGUCAUUAAACUUUCAAGCUCAUCCAACGCCUAUCUUGGUAUCUCACCUUCAAAAGACGAUAUGUCAUUGUCAAAUGUUGGACCAAGUGUUAUUGAAACGAAGACCAAUGGACACGAAACUCUCAGAUUACGCUUCUGCACCAAACCCGGAGUUUACCUUGACGACCUGCGACUCGAAGCGAACACUGAAAGCUAUACCUACGAGGACGAAAUUCUCAAUAUUAAACGCCUGUCGUAUGACGCUCCUACGAACUACCCGGGUCUGCAUUGUGCCACACGGAAGCCUGCCAGUUAUAGAAGGAAGCCCAAUGGUCAAAUAUGGCAUCUGGGUAUCUCUCUAGGACCUGUGUUUAACUCUGGCUUUGCUUACUGGGCGGAUCUUCGGAAGCCUGAACCAGACGCUGACUGUCUUGCCCUGACUGUGGAGGUUCAGCUAACAGGCGGUGAAAGAGUUGAGGAUAAGACCAUGCGUCAUGUUGUUGUGAAAAGCAUUGCUAACAACAAAGUUACUUUAGCCAGUCGAAUUGUCAUCGUUCUGAAAGACCACCACAAUGCAUUUCUCGAUGUGAAUCUUGGAUUGAUGAGCCAGCUCUCGGGUGACCUUCGCUUCGGUGUGACUGGAGUCAUCAGACUAGUUCUCAAGUCGCUGCCAAAUGUGAUGGUAAAAAGGGAUGUUAACAUCGACGUGGGCGGCAUUUUGAAGUGUAAUACGCAGGAUAACUCUAAACCCAUCUUCAAUCCACCAGUCUACUUCAGUCAGACUGCGAGACUCGUUGCCGCCGCAGGUGGUAAUCCCAACUACCUGAGACUCAAGCCGUGCCAAGUGAGGGUGUUUGGUGCGCCUGGUGACUUUGGGGAUAUCCUCCUCCAUUCUGACGCCACCAGGUAUUGGACAACCCACGCUAGAGGCGGAUACUACAAAGCCUUUCGUAGCGUGACCGUUCUCUUCGGACGAGUUUUCCAUAUCAGCGACAUUACUCUGAAACUUAAGGAGAACGCAAAUAAUACGCCCCGGUCGUUAGAUCUCGAUGGAACGCGAGACGGCAAGUCAUUCUUCUUCCUCCGUAAGGUGGGCGUGGCAUUUCAGUCGAACUCGCUGGAAACGAAUAUCACCCUCACGAAUUUGCCGGGCGUUCGUGGUCUUCGAUUAACUCUCAGAGACCUCCUCUAUGACGACGAGGUAGUACACAUCAAGAUGGGCUUUUUCGGCUCGUUGGAAUCGCAAGCACAGAAUGAUUUUGAUCCUUGCGAAGCGCAGACAACGAGCUCUACAGAUGGACAGUGUGCAUCAUCGGUCGCGCUUCGAAGCUACGUUUCCGGACCCGACUUCAUAGUCUAUUGUGAUCAAAUCCCAGAUGUGGCUGUGGACUAUCAAAUCCGUUCGGUCUGUUUCCGCUCAUUCGAUUUCGCUCCAACCACUUGGAGAGGCGAGUCAGGUUUGGAUGGUCGCAUCGCGCAAGUGGUAUCGUACAUUCCGAAAGAGAAUGUGCUGCUGGCCACGUCAAGCUGUGAGAAAGAGUACUUUCUGAGCGCAGAUUUCGGCGACUCAUGGGUUUCAAUCGACAGACGACACUUCGUGUACUGGAACACCUACCCCGAGACACGCGCAAUGGUGUCGGUCUCCUGGACGACUGUACCUCCGGGAUUUCAACCGUCCUCAACAGGUUCAAGUUGUACGGCCUUUCAGGUUCGACAGUGGCACUGUGAGUCCCUCUUUUAUACCGAUUCAUACUUGGCUUCUCCGAUCGUUUCGUAUUUCAGUUGA